UCGGCCGCUAGUCGGAGCGAGUGGCGGCGAGGAGAUCCUGGCCGCUCCGCCAGCACUUGCCGCAGCUGCCGCCGCUCCCACCCGCGACCGCAGCCCAGCAGCUGGGAAACGCCCCCCCGCAGACUGGGCUGCGCAGCGUGGGAGGGUUAGCGGUCCCGGAGCAACGAUUCCGAACUUGCAAGGGGACCGCGGCUCUCCCGGGCCUGGAGAGUAUGAACAGGAUUGCUGCUUUACAAUGAUAUGGUGAAACCAAGGGCUGGAACCAAAAAGAUCUUCUCAGCUCUUUAGUUUGAACCACAGUGAAUUGUCUACCAGCAGCCGGCAUGGCUAAAAGUUCAGAGGUCAAACUGGCAAUAUUUGGGAGAGCAGGCGUGGGCAAGUCAGCUCUUGUAGUGAGAUUUCUGACCAAACGGUUCAUCUGGGAAUAUGAUCCCACCCUCGAAUCAACCUACCGACACCAAGCAACCAUUGAUGAUGAAGUUGUCACCAUGGAGAUACUAGAUACUGCUGGCCAGGAAGACACCAUUCAGAGGGAAGGACACAUGCGAUGGGGGGAAGGCUUUGUGCUGGUCUAUGACGUUACUGACCGAGGAAGUUUUGAGGAAGUGCUGCCACUUAAGAACAUCCUGGAUGAGAUCAAAAAGCCCAAGAAUGUGACUCUCAUCUUGGUUGGAAACAAAGCUGACUUGGACCAUUCCAGACAGGUUAGUACAGAAGAAGGGGAGAAGUUGGCCACAGAAUUGGCAUGUGCUUUUUAUGAGUGUUCUGCCUGUACCGGGGAAGGGAACAUCACCGAGAUAUUCUACGAGCUGUGUAGAGAGGUACGUCGCCGGAGGAUGGUCCAGGGCAAGACAAGGCGACGCAGCUCCACCACACACGUCAAGCAAGCCAUUAACAAGAUGCUCACCAAAAUCAGCAGUUAGGCAGCUCUGUUCUUGUGAAGGCCCUGCUCAGGUGGGUUGGGUAAUUGGAAACACUUUCUUGCCCUUUUCCCCUUUUCCUCCCCCCAAAUAAAAGAAAAUACUUCAUUCCUUGUUCUGACUCUGGGAAACAUCUGGGCUUCCCACUGGUCCCAGCCUCCCAUAUGCUGGGAAGUUAUAGAGUGUUUUAAUGCAAUUUCAGUGCUGACAAUCUCUCUUUUGCCUGCUUGAAUAAAAUAUGCUCUAUUGCAGUUUGAACAUGUAAUCACCAGAUUCUGCAAUGGCUGUGUUCAUAUUAAGCUAUUUUUAGGCAUCUUCACCUUGCUUCGAUAGGUGGAAGUCUUUUCAAAGGCAUUUUUAAAUUCCAUUCCUUGUCAAAGUCUACAAAUGAUCACCCUAAAAGUCUAAGAUAAUAGAAAAUACAGUGAGAACACAGGAAGAGUACCUAAGAUGUUGGACCAGGGAAUAGAGCCUUAGUUUCUAUUUGAAGUGAGGAUUUUUCUGAAUUAUCUUAAAUCAUCUAGUUUUUCUUUAACCCUUGUUUUGUUCUUAAAUUCAAACAUGCUCUCACAAAGUUUUCCACUGUCAUAGAGAGUUUCAUUUCAAUUUGAGUUGGUUCUCUCCUUGAUCUAUUGAUCAUUGCACCCGAAUUCUUCUUCUGUGGCUCCAACAAGAUUUAAUUAUAACAAAGGCAGCAGGACCCCUCAAUUCAAAUCCUCCUGGACCAUUUCUCACCAAGCCCAGGGCGAUGUAAAGACGAAAGGAAUCUUUUCACCAAGCCCUGACUUUAUUGAAUGCUAAAAGAGGAUUUGGAAUUAGAGGUGUCUGGUUCAUUUCUCUCUCUGCUUAUCAUCUUAGAAGAAAGACAACAUUCAAAACAACAGGAAAAUUAAGAAUGAGGCUUAACUACCCUUCCGUUGGGGAUCCCAGGCUUUGUGGCAGGCACAGUAAGAAGAAUCAGCCUCUGAUUCAUUAAGUUGGUCACGUGGCUUCUAAUAUUUCAGAUAAAUUAAUUCACUUUGGAGAAUUCAGAAAAGAAUGAGUGAUUAGAGUUCACUAUACCCGAAUAAAUGCGUAUAAAACAGAUUCUUAUAUUGCGAAAGUACAGUCUAUAACUGAUAAAGCUUUACGAUUCUUUUUUCCCUAUUAUGCCCCCAUAUAUCAAGAUUUGGGCACUUUAUUUUAGAAGAAAAUAUAUAUCUUUUACAUAUGUGUGUAUUUAUAAAUGCAUAGAUAUAUGUAUAAAAAUUUGUAAGAGUUGGAGGCUUUAAUUCACCAAUGCAUUUGGGCAACUCAGUGUAACUGACUAUUUUAUGUGAAUAUAAUAAAAAGCAUAAUUUUCACAUUCUGUCACAUUCAGGCAGUCUUUCUUGUGAAAAUAUAAAAAGUUUGUAGUUUUAGGAGAGACUUCAAGAGAUUGUUGGAUUGCAGAGCUGACAAAUCAGUGAAUGUGAUAUAGAAAAGAAGCACCUAAACAGGUCUGUUCUUGUGAAGGUCCUGUGGAAGUGGGUCAGGUAAUUGGAACCACUUGAAUAUAAUAAUAGCUACAUUUUUAGAGUGCUUAGGUGCUAUUUUAGGCAACUUAUGUAUUAUCUCAUCAUAUUCUCACAAUACCCCUAUGCAAGAGAUAGUAUUAUGAUCACAGUUGUAAGGAUGAAGAUGCUGAGCCACAAGGGAAAACAAGUUUGCACAGCUAUUUAGUGGGCAGAGCCAGGAUUUGAACCCAGAGAGGCAAAGUCAGACAGUAGAGCCCAUACUAUGAUCCACUAUGGUAUAUUAGUAGGCUGAGAUAUGGCUCUCGUUCUUAAGCUGUGGGGAUGAAAACACAGGAAGGAGAAAAUUUAGGGAAGACUUGUUUCAUUUAUGCUUUCAUUCAUUCAUGAACAAAUAUUUACAGAUAAACUGGGCAUGUAACUUGACACGUUAGUCCAUUUGAUGGUUUCUGAGCUGAACCUUGAAGAAUACAGUUGACCCUUGAACAAUGCAGGGGAUUAGGGGCGCCGACUCUCCACGCAGUUGAAAAUCUGUGUGGAAUUUUUGACUCCCUCCAAAACUUAACUACUAAUAGCCUACUGUUGACCAGAAGCCUUACCAAUAACAUAAACAGUCGACUGACACAUAUUUUGUAUGUUAUAUACAUUAUAUACUGUAUUCUUACAUAAAGUAAACUAGAGAAAAGA